GUGAAACCAAAGUACGACUGACGUGGUGUUUAAAUCCAAAAGCUCUCUCUGUCUAUCGUAUAAAUUAAAAUCACCAAAAUUGAACCUGACCGUCGUCCCCUUUUCUCCGAGAUCCCUCUCCGGUCACUAUCCCUCUCUGCAAAUCCUAAUAUUUCUAGGGUUCUGCAAAUCCUAUUUAUUCUAGGGUUCUUCCAAUUACUCUCUCUCGCUCCAAAAGUUCGAGUCUUUAUUAGGGCAUUGAAGCUCAAGCUUGGCUUUCUCUCAAGGGUUCUGGUUCAGCUACACAAACUCUCUCUGAUUCCAAUUCUAGGGUUUCGAAUUUCUUAUCUUUCCGAUUCCUUAGCUCGUUUAGUAUUUGAUUAUACACACAGCGUACAAUUGUGGGUUCGAAUUCGUUUUCUGGGUUAGUUUGUAGAUUUGGUAAAGAUUGCUGCUUUAGGGUUUUGAUAGGUUAAUCACUUGAAUUUGGGAAUUUGGGUUCGUUUUUGGGUUUCUGGGUGCUUGAGAAUUAGCUUCCAUAUGGCUUCAUACAGGCCUUUCCCGCCUCAACCGGCGUUUCCGCCGCCGCCGCCGAAUCAAAACCCCAUCGCGCCACCACCACGUGGCAAUCAGUACAACCAGAAUUGGGGUUAUAAUGCCGCCGCCGGCGGCGAUGGGGCUGCUCCUUCCUCGUUUCCCCAGAACUACAUUCACCACCCCCAUGGUAAUUAUGGUCCUCCUAGAGCUCAACACCCUCACCCACCGCCGCAGUACUCGUACCCGCCACCGCCUCCUCCGCCGGACUCUUCAUACCCGCCACCACCGCCUCCUCAAGCUCCUCCCGGGAAGAAUUUGCCGCUACAGCCUCCGCAGGCGCCAAUGUACUACCAGUCUAACUCUCAAUAUGCGCAGUAUGGUCACCAGGCAAUGCAGCCGCCACCGCCUCCCCCGCCACCUUUGUCUCCUAGUUUGGCUAUACCACCGCCGCCCCCGCCUCCAAAUUCUCCACCACCUCCGCCACCGCCGAAGAGUAGGGAGAGUGGUUUUGAUAAGGGGCCGCAUGACAAAGGAGCUUCCAAGGAUGUGGGAGCUUCUGCCAAGCGUGAACAUGGGCAUUCAAACCAUCAUGGGGUUCCUCCUAAACACAAGCCGCCUGUUCCAUUGGUGAAGAAGUCGAAUGGGGCGCCCGGGAGAGUGGAGACAGAGGAAGAGAGGAGGUUGAGGAAGAAGAGGGAGUUUGAGAAGCAAAGACAAGAGGAGAAGCAUAGACAGCAGGCAAAGGAGUCCCAAAAUUCGGUUUUGCAAAAGACGCAUUUGAUGUCUUCCGGGAAGGGUCAUGGAUCGAUUGCAGGGUCGCGAAUGGGGGAAAGGAGGACCACUCCAUUCUUGAGUGGUGAGAGGGCUGAAAAUAGGCUAAAGAAGCCAACCACAUUUGUCUGCAAGUUGAAAUUCCGGAACGAACUUCCAGAUCCAAGUGCACAACCAAAACUGAUGUCCAUGAAGAAGGACCCAGACCAGUAUACAAAAUACACAAUUACAUCGUUAGAGAAAAAUUACAAGCCGAAGCUUUUUGUUGAGCCAGAUCUUGGGAUACCUCUUGACCUUCUUGACCUCAGUGUAUACAAUCCUCCUCCCGGUCCUAGACCACCACUUGCACCAGAAGACGAAGAGUUAUUGCGUGAUGAUGUGGCAGUGACCCCUGUUAAAAAAGAUGGCAUCAGAAGAAAAGAACGACCUACAGACAAAGGAGUUGCAUGGCUGGUUAAAACACAAUAUAUUUCUCCUCUUAGCAUGGAUUCAGCUAAGCAGUCUCUAACUGAAAAACAAGCAAAAGAGCUGCGGGAAAUGAAGGGAGGACGCAAUCUUUUGGACAACCUUAAUGAUAGAGAAAGGCAGAUUAAGGAAAUCGAGGCAUCGUUUGAGGCCUGCAAGUCACGCCCUGUUCAUGCAACCAAUAAGAAUCUAUACCCUGUUGAGGUUCUACCUCUUUUGCCUNUUCAUAAUAGGUAUGAAGACCAAUUCGUCCUUGCCGGUUUUGAUGGUGCUCCAACCGCUGAUUCAGAAAUCUACAGCAAGUUGGAUCAGUCAGAUCAUGAUCUUUGUGAAUCAAGGGCAAUUAUGAAAAGUUACAAGGUAACAGGCGCAGAUCCAGCUAAUCCUGACAAAUUUUUGGCAUACAUGGUCCCUUCGCCAAAUGAGCUAUCAAAGGAUCCGUAUGAUGAAUCUGAAGAUAUUUCAUAUUCUUGGGUUCGGGAGUAUCAGUAUGAUGUAAGAGGUGAUGAUGUCGAUGAUCUGACAACAUAUCUUGUAUCAUUCGAUGAAGAUGCAGCACGAUAUGCGCCGCUUCCAGCAAAGCUUGUUUUGAGGAAAAAAAGGGCGAAAGAGGGACGAUCCACUGAUGAGGUUGAACAUUUUCCUGCACCUUCAAGAGUGACUGUCAGGCGGAGAUCGACUGUUUCUGCAAUUGAACUAAAGGAUGCAGGGGAUUAUUCAAGGGGAGCUCUAUCAAAUUUGAAAAGGAGAGGGUUUGAUAAUGAAGAUGCUCUUGAAAGACCACAGAAGAGGGGACGACACCAAGAUGUUGAUGAAUAUAGUGGCGCUGAAGAUGAUUUAUCUGAUUGAUGUCAUUGUUGGCCUAAAUGUUGUGGAUUUUUAUGAAGGCUUGCAGGCUGGUGCCAACUCAUUUGGGAUUGUUUCCAAAUUCUGAUCAGAUGUGCUGUGAAGUAAAGACGAAGUAGUUCUGUGUGAACUAGUUUGCAGUCAGUUAUUUGGAUGUCCGUUUGAGCCUUAAGUUAUCAACAUAUAUCUUUUGGCAUAACUCAUCUUUGCUCAAAUACCAUGAAAAGGGAAAGAUGAAGAAGAAACCUUGUAAAGAAGUUAGACAUGAUGAGUAAAGUGCUGUCAAGUUUAUCCAGAAAAGAAUAGGUUUUCCCAGCCAUUGUAACUGCUGUUUUUAGGUAAUUAAAUGUUUUGGGGUCAUUUCCAUUUUAGCUACUCAUUGAAAUAGUUCAAUAUUGUAACAAUCUUACAUCUGUCACCUUGAUCGUCGACUGAACAGUCAGAUGGUUGAAGGGGCAUAUACCUUGUGCUAUUCUGAUCUUGCUGAAAUUAUAAAUAUGUUUAUAC